UAUCGCGGAAGCUUCGUUAAGUAGUUAGAGCGGUAGAGGGAGAAAUCUGCUUUAGUAAACCUCUCGGUUUGAGUCAAGCAUGUCGCUUUUGCGGUUGCAGGGACCACUACUACCCAAACACCGGAGAAUGCGAGGCUAAAAAUGACUUCACUGACCGACAGUUUGAAGCGUUUUGUUGUCCAGUAAAGAGGAAAAUGUCUCGCUGGGUUUGGUGCCCGUUGCUGCUGCUGCUGCUGCUGCUGGAAUUGGGUGAAGUUCAAGCUCAAGUGGAAAACCGGGUGAUCUUCCUGCCGGGAACCUUCCAGAACGUGAGCGUCUCCCAGAACGAGACGGUGCAGGUGGUGGUUUCCAGGAUCCCCUCAGACGUCGCUUUUGUCACUCUGCAGUUCCACACGCAGCACCGCAACGCUACGCUCUCCUACACCACGAUACCCGGCACGGGUCGCUCUCUGACGGCGGUGGACUCGGGCCUCCUGUCGACUCUCCAGCCGAGCCAGACCUCCCUCUCCUUGUUCCUGUUCUCUCCUGAUGACGAGACCGUCGCAGGCACCGGUGUCAUCCUCCCAUACUCCAGCACGGACCCGGUGCCCGGAGCUUGUAACAUAGAGUUUAACCUGGACAUCGACCCGAACGUUUAUCUCCACUACAACCUUUAUGACACCACCAUCCGCUUCGCACCAGCAAACUUAGGAUAUGAAAGGGGUGAAUCUCCUCCAGCCUGCGACACCUCCACUGAAAGCAACACACGCUGGCGGCUGCAGUACGACGUCUACCAGUACUUCCUGCCUGAGAACGACCUAUCAGAGCGCAGCCUGUUCAGUGGCAUUCAGGCCAUGGCGGAAAUCCAGGGCCUGAUGGAGAACGGCAAACGGGUCAUGACGCUGUCAUCAGCAGAUAUGACCAUGGCGGUGUUCAACUCCAUCCCCGGCCAGGGCGUCAUCUUCUCAGUCAUCGUCAGAGACCCGCUGUUAAACACCUCGGCCUCCUACAUCCCCGUCCACACAUACGCCUGCAGCUUUACCUCCACUCUGGACGGCUGUCAAACACUUGGAAAGACUUCAACAAAGGUUUUUUUCACCAUUGCUGGGCUGGCAGGCCUGUUUGUCUGCUUCUUUGGGCACCGAUUCUUCAAAUGCGAGUUGUUCUGCAUGGGAUUUAGCUUUGCAGCAUUUUUCUUCUUUGUGCUGAUUACAAGGACCACAGAUCUGAACUAUGACAUCCGCCUGGCUGUGUCGGCGUUGAUCGGCGUGGUGGGCGGGGUCCUCCUGGUGAUGAGCUGGUGGCGUUUCGGAUCGGUCAUGGCCUGCGUCGUGGUGGUCGGCCUGAUGCUCGGCUUCCUCAUCGCCUCCACUGUCCUGUUCACUCCUCUCGGUGACCUGGAAGUGUUCAGGCGUUCAGACGUGGUUUUCUGGGUGACGUUCUGCUCCAUCAUGAUCAUCGUACCGCUCUUUUUCGUGCGUUGGCCCAGAGAGGGAAACAUCACCACAUGCGGUGUUGUUGGUGCUUACGCUGUGAUUCUGGCUAUUAACGCCUACGUUUACACCAGCUUGUCCUACAUCUCCCUCAACAUCCUCAAACGCUUCCUCAACAACAACUUCAGCGCAGCGUUCACCGACGUGCCGUUCCAAACCUUUGACUACGUCAUGAUCACAGUGUGGGUGGUGCUCGGCGUCUGCGGCAUCGUCCUGCAGCUCUACCGCGAGCGAACGCGGCCGUUCUUCCCGCCCAGCCCGUACCUCAUGUGGCUGCAGGAACGGGAGCGCCGCAAGACCAACGUCCUAGACCCGAGCCACCACUUCCCCUCGCUGCCCAACCGCCUCCUGGCCAGAGCGCGGCAGCUCACCAUGCGGGCGGAGUCGGCAGGAGAACACACACCUCUCCUCCUGUAAACCCUUGACGCCCUCGCCGUCUCCCUCUAAAGGUUCUUCAGUCUGAACCAGAGCGGGAAGGAUCACUGUGAUGCAUUUUUGACCUGUGUAGCCUCAGACUGCCACGUAUCGAGGAAACCAGAGUGAUUUGUGGUGAUCAGGAGGAAUGUUGCUCCUCGUGUCUGGUGCAGGAACUCAGAAUAAAAGCAUCAGAAACGACAGCAAGGAGGAUUAUAUCACUGACACUCUUCAGGUGGAUUUCAAUUUUUUUAAAGGUUUUGUACAGAGACUGGAACCAUUUAUUUCCUCCUGACAACUAAUGCCACUUGUAUUAAACACUUCAAUUAUAUUUAACAAUCAAUGAAACAGGUCAAGAAGAACUAAAAACGUCUGAAAUAGUGACAUCAGAUUGUCUUCAAUUGUUUUAUAAUAACUAAAAUGUAGCUGUGAA